UUGCAGUGCGCACUACUUCUGAACGGAAGCCUCACUUGUUUACAAUUGCGUCUAACAAGACAGACUUUCCCAAGGUUAGACUUAAACGAAACUAAUUUUUUUUAAACACCAGAAAAUUAAACUACAGUGACUUUAGGAUCCACUCAAAAAUCAGUCGAUAUUCUAAAAAAAAAAAGAGGAAUACUCUAGAUCCAGUUCAAUCAUUUAAAAAAACGAAAAAAGCAACAACAGUACGGAAAGUUAACGUAACAAGUUUAUUCCCGACUUACAAGAGUGUGGGGGUGGUCUACAAAAGUAACACGAUCAGUAGCGUUGAGAGCCUGACAUUGUCGCCGCAUGGAAUCAAUCAAUCGCUGCACUGCCUAUUUAGAGAAUGUUAUUCCACUCUUCAUGCAAUGCUGUCUCAAGUUGAGGACGUGUCUGAGGUUUGUGUUGUAUGUCAGGUUAAUCCCUGACUUUGAAUGGCUGUAACAGCGUGUUGCCGAAGAAUUUCUCCAAUGUAACGGUGUGCUGUCCAAUUUCCACGAACAGUCACACUGUAGGUUUUGUCAGCUGCUGUAAUUCCUCCCCACACCAUCACACUUCCGACACCAACAUCUCUGGCCUGACUUAGGGGGAGUUCCGACUUAGGCAUUGAGGAACGAACCUCUCAUUUUUUUCUCCGGAAUACGCGUUUUUUUUUUUUUCCAUCUUGACGUUCCAAAAGUCCUUGCCUGGCGAGAUCAACGGGAAUGUAUUCUUGCCCAAUCAAGCCUGUUUCUGAUGUUGUAGGGCGUCAAUCUUAUGCGGUAAUUAGUUUUUCCAAAGUUGUUGCGCCAUAUCUAAAGGCACUCCUCCCUGAGACGAAGGACUUUUACCUGCAUAAUACCGGCGGAAAUGUUUGCCUACAACAAACGCCCUUCCUUCGUCUUCAUCGGCAACUUGACAUUGUCCACACCCAAGACACCAUUCCACAGUGACCAGUAUCCACUUUGAGAUCUCAUCGUAGUCACAAGUACAUAUUCAUAUAGACCAAGGCAUAGUGACCAAACCAGAUCAUAGGGACCAAUAUCGCACCAUAGAGACCAGUGACAAUUCCUAGACCACACCAUAGUGACAAAACCACGCCAUGGUGAUCAAUACCACACAAUAGAACCAGUGACCAUACCUAGACCACACCAUAGUGACCAAACCAGAUCAUAGUGCCCAAUAUCACACCAUAGAACCAGUGACCAUACCUAGACCACAGCAUAGUGACCAAACCAGAUCAUAGUGACACAUACAACGCUAUAGUGACCAGUGCCUACUUUUAGACCACAUCAUAGUGACCAGUGACCAUUCCUGAGACCACACCGUGGUGACCAGUUCAUACUCAUAGACCACAGCAUAGUGACAAAACCACGUCAUAGUGAUCAAUACCACACCAUAGAACCAGUGACCAUACCUAGACUACAGCAUAGUGACAAAACCAGAUUAUACUUACCAAAGUACACUAUAGUGAUCAGUGCCCACUCCGAGACUACACCGUGGGGAAAAGUGCACAUCCCUAGACCCCACCAUACUGACAAAAAACAACAACCAGACGAUAAUGAGCAAUACCACAUCACAGUGACCAGUGCCCACUCGGAGACUACACCGUGGUGACCAGUACACACUCAUAGACCACACCAUAGUGACAAAACCAGAUCAUAGUGACCAGUGACCAUUCCUGAGACCACACCGUGGUGACCAGAACACACUAAUAGACCACACCAUAGUGACAAAACCAGAUCAUAGUGACCAAUACCACACUGUAGUAACGGGUGUCCACUCCUAGACCACACAAGAGUGACCGCUGUCCACUCCUAGGCCGGGAGACAAUGUUUGCCACCAACACCCGUCGCUGCCUCACCUUCUUCCUCCUGGUCUUGUCGCUUCUCGUUCUCUUCCUCGUUCUCCUGGAUAAACGAGCCACCGACCAAAUUCGCCAAUUACACGCUUACGUCACUUCCUUCAGGGCCUCUACGUCACUCGGGCACUUGCCACGCCCCUUCCUAAACGCUACUCCAAACGACACGACCGCCGCCAUGUUGUUUUCACAUGCCUGGCGGUAUCUGCAACACGGUGUCAAUAACACUGCUAACCCAAAACUAACUUCACUUGGAUUCGAACCUACUGACCUCCACGAGUUCAAGUCACCGUACAUCAUCACACCAAAGAUUUACCCCCACCCAGACGCAGGAGAGGGAAGAAAGGAGGAGGGUAGCUCUCGUAAAGUGAAGACCGUGUCUUGCUUCAACUGCCCGCAGUGGUUCAAAAAUCAUCCACUGAACCGCCAGAACGCGAACUUUGAGGCGUGUCCUUACCAACAUUGCAAGCUCGAUCUAAGCGGCCGGCAAAAGGCGACUGCUGACAUGGUCAUCUUUUUUGUCGGGCAAUUGGGCAACCGCAAGCCGCCCCCUAGAGCCAUGGGUCAAAUCUGGGUCAUGGCCUUCUGGGAAUCCCCGGUGCACUAUUCUUAUCCAAGCGGGUACUCGGAAUGGAGGAGCGUGUUCAACUGGACCUUCACUUACCGGACAGACUCUGACAUCUUCGCGCCGGGGAACAGGCUAGCCUGGCGGGACCGGUCACAGCUCCUGUCUCCGGCAGACUAUUAAACACAUCGACGUGGAUAUUUACGGUGCGUGCGGCCCGUUAAAGUGCUCCAAACAUCAGCAGCAGCAUUGCUCACAGAUGCUCAACACGACCUACAAGUUUUACCUGGGCUUCGAGAACUCUUUCUGCCAGGACUACGUAACCGAGAAACUGUUCCGCAAUUUCGAGAACCGCGCACACAUCAUCCCAGUGGUGCGGGGCGGUCUGGAUUACGACAGAUACCUCCCACCAAACGUUCUGGUCAAUACGGCUCAUUUCAAAACCCCAGCGCUUCUCGCUGCCCAUCUGAAGCAGUUGGGAAGCGACCCCGAGAGAUACGCGUCUAUGUUGAGGGAGAAGGACAAACUAGUGGCUCUGGGCUGGAAGUUUGAUUGGUGCGACGUCUGCGAGAAGCUUCACACGGACACACAGACGAAAAACAUACCGGACAUUAAGCAAUGGUCUCACGAACACACAUGCUACACACCUACUGACGUCUGAAAACUGAGCUACACACUUUACACAUUACAUGUCAUAAUUUGUGCGUGUGUGUGUGUGUGUGUGUGUGUGUGUGUGUGUGUGUGUGUAUGUGUGUAUGUGUGU